AUGGAAACAUCACCCCCUUCUCAUUUCUCUUUUCUUGUGUGUUUUAUUGCCAUAUUGUUUUCAGGGACUCCUGAAAGCCUAGCUGAGAAAGAGAGGCAACUCAUGGGUAUGAUCAAUCAGCUGACCAGUCUGCGAGAGCAGCUAUUGGCAGCGCAUGAUGAGCAGAAGAAACUGGCUGCAUCUCAGAUUGAGAAACAGCGCCAGCAAAUGGAGCUGGCGAAGCAGCAACAGGAACAGAUUGCAAGACAACAGCAGCAACUUCUGCAGCAACAACACAAAAUCAAUUUGCUUCAGCAACAGAUCCAGGUUCAAGGUCAGCUGCCGCCAUUAAUGAUUCCUGUAUUCCCUCCUGAUCAACGGACACUGGCUGCAGCUGCCCAGCAAGGAUUCCUCCUUCCUCCAGGCUUCAGCUAUAAGGCUGGAUGUAGUGACCCUUACCCUGUUCAGCUGAUCCCAACUACCAUGGCAGCUGCUGCCGCAGCAACACCAGGCUUAGGCCCACUCCAACUGCAGCAGUUAUAUGCUGCCCAGCUAGCUGCAAUGCAGGUAUCUCCAGGAGGGAAGCUCCCAGGCAUACCCCAAGGCAACCUUGGUGCUGCUGUAUCUCCUACCAGCAUUCAUACAGACAAGAGCACAAACAGUCCACCACCCAAAAGCAAGGAUGAAGAUGAAGUGGCACAGCCACUGAACCUAUCAGCUAAACCCAAGACCUCUGAUGGCAAAUCACCCACAUCACCCACCUCUCCCCAUAUGCCAGCUCUGAGAAUAAACAGUGGGGCAGGUCCCCUCAAAGCCUCUGUCCCUGCAGCGUUAGCUAGUCCUUCAGCCAGAGUUAGCACAAUAGAUAUCUUUUGAUCUGUCACAUUUCCAGGUUACUUAAAUGACCAUGAUGCUGUCACCAAGGCAAUCCAGGAAGCUCGGCAGAUGAAGGAGCAACUUCGGCGGGAACAACAGGUGCUUGAUGGGAAGGUGGCUGUUGUGAAUAGUCUAGGUCUCAAUAACUGCCGGACCGAAAAGGAAAAAACGACACUGGAGAGUCUGACGCAGCAACUGGCAGUUAAACAGAAUGAAGAAGGAAAAUUUAGCCAUGCAAUGAUGGAUUUCAAUAUGAGUGGAGAUUCUGAUGGAAGUGCUGGAGUCUCAGAGUCAAGAAUUUAUAGGGAAUCCAGGGGACGUGGUAGCAAUGAACCCCACAUAAAGCGUCCAAUGAAUGCCUUCAUGGUGUGGGCUAAAGAUGAACGAAGGAAAAUCCUUCAAGCCUUUCCUGACAUGCACAACUCCAACAUCAGCAAGAUAUUGGGAUCUCGCUGGAAAGCUAUGACAAAUCUCGAGAAACAGCCAUAUUAUGAGGAGCAAGCCCGCCUCAGCAAGCAGCACCUGGAGAAGUACCCCGACUACAAGUACAAGCCCAGGCCGAAGCGCACCUGCCUGGUGGACGGCAAGAAGCUGCGCAUCGGCGAGUACAAGGCGAUCAUGCGGAACCGGCGGCAGGAGAUGCGGCAGUACUUCAACGUCGGGCAACAAGCACAGAUCCCCAUCGCCACUGCUGGAGUUGUGUACCCUGGAGCCAUCGCCAUGGCCGGCAUGCCCUCCCCUCACCUGCCCUCGGAGCACUCAAGCGUGUCGAGCAGCCCAGAGCCUGGGAUGCCUGUUAUUCAGAGCACUUAUGGUGUGAAAGGAGAGGAGCCACAUAUCAAAGAAGAGAUCCAGGCGGAGGACAUCAAUGGAGAAAUUUAUGAUGAGUACGAUGAGGAGGAGGAUGAUCCAGAUGUUGAUUAUGGGAGUGACAGUGAAAACCAUAUUGCAGGACAAGCCAACUGAUAAGGGUCAAAAAAUUGUUGUGACCUUAGGACUUAAAGAAGCCCUAGCUGGUUCAUCCUUACCAGUGGCCAAGCACAUUAACUUUCUCAUACACUGACUGUUACUUUAACUGUUAGUCUUAAAUAGUUGGGACAUCAGCUGACUAAUAGACCUCAGCCUCAAAAGGCUUGGAAAGGAAAAUAAAAUACAACAAGCAAACAACAGUAUCAACAACAAGAGAUUGAAAUAAGCUAUGGGUAAAAUAAUGCCAGUAAUUCAGCUGCUACAUUCAAGCACUGAAGUCUUACCCGUCAACUUUUUUUUUUUUUUUUUAAUAAACUUUAUGGCUGUUUGUUCUA